GAACUAAACAUGAUUUAGGCUAAUUAAAAAUGAUAAAAAUCACACCCGCCUUUUUCGUUCCCCUCACGUCAAUAUUAACCUGUACACCCCAUGUGAUUCACUGACCUUUUAUGGUUUCUGUUUGUUCCCAUAAAUCUCUGAAGUUGUGUUCUUUGGUUAGAUGUAACCUCAACGAAGCACAAAGGGUUAACAACCGAUUGAGACCGUCACAAUGAAUGUUGUGAUGUGUGUUGGUGGUGUUGAUUGAUUGUUCCAACUCUUAAGACUUGGGUUGGACUCAGAAUCCAAAAUGGAUGGGGUGGGGUGAGGUGAGGUGAUCACUUUGCAGUGACUUGUGAAGUGAGUUUUUCUUGCAAUGAAGGCCCUUUCCUUUAAUGGGUUUUGGUUUUUGUUGUUUCUCUUCCCCAUGUUGCUGUCUCUCUGCUCAAUUUCAGCUUUUUCUCCAACUGGGUCGGUUAAGUUUAUCUUAGGAGGAGAAGAGAAUUUGGGUCCAUGGAAGAGUGAGUUCACACAAGUGGCUCCGGCACCAGGGCCUAAAAGUGGGGAUGUUCUUCUUCUGGCGGCAAACAGGACCGAAAGGCCUGACAUUCUGCGAGGAUUUCGACGUUAUCAUGGUGGUUGGGAUAUUGCAGAUCAGCAUUAUUGGGCUUCAGUUGGAUUCACUGGUGUGGCUGGUUUUAUUCUUGCUGUCCUAUGGUUUAUCUCGUUCGGAUUGGCGCUUGCUAUUCAUCUAUGCUGUGGAUGGGGUAUUAACAUCAAGGACAAAGGAUCGAGUCGUUCGCAAAGGAUUUGUCUUAUACUGCUUGUAUUGUUCACUGUUGCUGCAGCAACUGGAUGUAUCCUCCUUUCUGUUGGGCAGGAUAAGUUCCAUGGUGAAGCUUUGGAUACCCUCCAUUAUUUUGUCAAUCAGUCAGAUUAUACGGUGCAGACUCUAAGAAAUGUCACUGAGUACCUCUCCCUCGCAAAAACUAUCAAUGUCACUCAGAUGCUUCUUCCGUCUGAUGUCAUGGAUGGUAUUGACAAGCUGAACGUGGAUCUAAAUACUGCAGCAGAUACACUUUCUGAAAAGACAAAUGAAAAUUCAGUUAAAAUUCGAGGAGUAUUCAACGAUGUGCGUCUAGCUCUGUAUGUUGUGGCAGCAGUGAUGCUUCUUCUGGCUCUAAUUGGACUCCUCCUGUCUGUCCUUGGAUAUCAACAUGCAAUCCUCAUAUUUGUUAUCACUGGAUGGUUACUGGUUGCAACCACAUUCAUACUUUGUGGAGUAUUCAUGAUCCUUAAUAAUGCAAUUUCUGACACCUGUAUGGCCAUGGGAGAAUGGGUAGCAAAUCCACACACUGAAUCUGCUCUUAGUAAUGUCCUUCCAUGUGUUGAUCAGAGAACCACAAACAAAACACUUUUUCAAAGUAAACAAGUGGUCACCAAUAUUGCAAGUGUUGUUAAUCGGUUCAUCUAUAACACUGCAAACAUAAAUGCAACACAAGGUAGUUUUGGCUACUACAAUCAGUCUGGGCCUUCAAUGCCAUCGUUGUGCUACCCCUUUGAUACUCAGUUUCAAGAGCGCCAAUGUACGGCCCAAGAAGUUUCCUCUGCCAAUGCUUCAAUGGUGUGGAAGAACUAUGAAUGUGAGGUAUCUGAAUCUGGUAUUUGCACCACAGUUGGCAGGGUGACCCCUGAGAUUUACUUACAGUUAGUGGCUGCGGUGAACGAAAGCUAUGCAUUGGAACAUUAUACUCCACCUUUACUUAGCCUUCAGAAUUGCAAUUUUGUCAGGGAUGCAUUCACAAGAAUCACUUUGAGUUACUGUCCUCCGUUGAACCAUUACCUUAAGAUUAUCAAUGUAGGACUUGGCCUCGUUUCAGUUGGUGUUCUGCUCUGUCUUGUUCUCUGGAUCCUCUAUGCAAACCGCCCCCGAAGGGAGGAAGCGUUUGAGAAGUUAUCCUUACCAGAAAAAAUAAAGAAUAUAUUUAAGAAUAACCAAAACCGCACAAAUUUUUCUUUGUCAAAUGCAGAUAGUGAAGUAUAGAUUGUAUAAUAGAAAAUAAGUUGAUAAAGUAGACUACUAUUGUUUUUCUGUACCCUUACGGGAAGAAACAAAGGUGGAGCGAAGCUUCAUCUUGUGUUCGAUGAGAAUAGCCAAAGCAGUGUAUUGUAUACAUUUUGUCCAUAUAUAGAAAAAGCAAUUUUAUUUUGUUUAUAGCUUUAGAAUUUAAAUGCAAACAAUUGAAAAUCAUGACUUAAUAAAGCGUAACUAAUAAGAACCCUCUUUUCUUUUUACAUGACAUUAAUGGAAAACGAAAUCUCCGUCUCCAAGAACAACCAAGUAACUGAAAAUUUACGCUACAAAUGCCAUUGCCACAGCCAGAGUCUCAAAGUUCAGAAGGGUCAAACACAAUUCUUUCAUCGUCAACGCGAAGGGUGUUGUCAUGCGCAGCUAGAACAUCACUGACGCCAUGAACGACAACCUUGUCAUUGAAGAACACGUCCGGGAAGAAAACCGGAACUCCAUUUAGAAUCAAAACGCCGUCAGAUCUAGUGAUAUUGAUGGCGAAGCCCUCCAAGAAAGUUCGCAGCUCCGAACCAUCGCCCAAGUCCACCAGAUCGUUCCACAGAAGCCUGCACGGCACCACAUGCCGACGGAAGAACGAUGGAUACUCGCUGAAAUCGCCGAUGCGGUUCGCCACCGUUUCAUCCGCCGGAGCAAACACCGUUAUUCCACUCUGCUCCGCCACGCCCGAUAGUUGCAUUCCCAGAAAGGAAGCCAUGGUAGAGUAUCCCCCGGAUCUUAGGGUUUCAAUGGCUUGGUCGAAGGAAUCGGAGGAACUCUGAGUGUGGUUCUUCCCUGAACACGAGGAAUUCGAAUUUGGAUUAGGUCUUUGGUUAUUGAACUGAAAACUAGGGUCGAAGAACCUCUCGGUUCCGUAGACUAGCAGAAAACCAUCGUCGUAAAUGGGCGAUUCCGUGAGUUUGAUGUUGUUGAGAGAUGCUACGCGCUCGGAAGGUGACGUCGUGACGGUUAGAGACUGCCCGGGGAGCAUAGUCGGGAUCCUGGCGCCGGCGGGGAGUAGACGGAGACUCGCCGGCGGAAGAGGAAGCGGCGCCAAGUGGAAGCGGAGUAGGUCGAGGGAUGGCUGACCGGAUUUCUUGAAUGCGGAGUCGGAGGGAGCGAAGACGGUGGCGGAAGGGGAUUGUUCGAGAAGGUUUUCGGCGACGAUUUCGAGUGUGAGUGCCAUGGAAACGAAGCUUGAAUCGGAGAGAAUGUCGGCGGCGUCGAAUAUGGCUUCGCGCGGAAGAGCGAAGCAGAGAGAGAAGAAGGGCGAGAGAAGGAGGAGGAGCGCGAGCGUGGACGCCAUUGAUGAAGCUCGAGAUUUGGCGGGAAAUGGAUACUUCAACGUGGCGUUCCACUAUUGGACGCAACGAGGAAGUAGUUAGAAAGAUCGUUAGCCGUUUCUUGCGGAAAGACAGAAACGCCCCCUUUCCAUUCAAUAAAUACUAUCAUUUUUCUUUUUUCUUGAAACCAAUAAAAUGCUCCAUAUUUCUGUUUUUAAUUUUAUUAAAUUUUUAUCAUUUGAAUUAAUCUAAAUUUGAUUCUGAUUU